CGUGGAAUUUCAGAAAAUUCUCCAACUCGCGCAAUGGCGGAGGAAUUGGAUGUCGAAGCGAUGCUGGAAGCGCCAUAUAGAAAAGGGAUGGUACGUAACAUGUACCCUCGCGCUCGUAGGAUGUUCGGCAGCGAGUUCCUAGAAUGCACUUGAAAUACGAGGAGCAGGACUCCUCAUCCAAAGACAAGUCCUCCAAGGAAAAUGAGUCUAGUCGCAAAUCAUCUGGGAAAAGCAAACAUCGUUCUCGUUCCCGUUCACGAUCUCGCGACCGCCGAGACAAAGACCGCCGUGAUCGCGACAGGGACAGGGACAGAGACAGGGACAGAGACAGAGAUAGAGACAGGGAUCGUGACAGGGAUAGAGACAGGGAUCGUGACAGGGAUAGAGACAGGGAUCGUGACAGGGAUCGUGACAGGGAUCGUGAACGCAGACGGAGAUCCCGAUCGAGAGACAGGCGGGAUCGUGACCGAGACAGAGAUGGAGAUAGAGACCGAGACCGAGAUCGAAGAGACAGAGACAGAAGAAGAAAAAGGUCUCUUACACCUAUCACAUUACCUAGAGCUCGACCACCUUUUGGUAAAGGUGUUAGUCCUCUUGGCAUUAGAAACGAUGAGCUGACACCCGAGGAAAGAGAUGCUCGUACAGUAUUCUGUAUGCAACUGAGUCAACGGAUACGUGCACGUGACUUGGAAGAAUUUUUCUCUAGUGUUGGGAAAGUUCAAGAUGUUAGACUGAUUACAUGUAACAAAACGAGACGAUUCAAAGGAAUUGCAUAUGUCGAAUUUAAAGAUCCUGAAAGCGUUACACUUGCGCUUGGAUUAUCAGGUCAAAAGUUACUUGGCGUUCCUAUAGUAGUACAACACACUCAAGCAGAGAAAAAUCGGAUGGGUAAUUCUAUGCCAAAUUUAAUGCCCAAAGGACAAACAGGACCUAUGAGAUUAUAUGUAGGUUCUCUUCACUUCAAUAUAACAGAAGAAAUGCUUCGUGGGAUUUUUGAACCGUUUGGAAAAAUUGAUAACAUUCAAUUAAUCAUGGAUCCUGAAACUGGUAGAAGUAAAGGUUAUGGCUUUUUAACGUUUAGAAAUGCGGACGAUGCUAAGAAAGCAUUAGAGCAAUUAAAUGGUUUUGAGCUAGCUGGUAGACCAAUGAAAGUUGGAAAUGUAACAGAACGCACUGAUUUAAUUCAAGGUCCCUCACUUUUAGAUACUGAUGAAUUAGAUCGAAGUGGUAUUGAUCUUGGUGCAACUGGCAGAUUACAAUUAAUGUUCAAAUUGGCCGAGGGUACUGGUCUUGAAAUACCUCCAGCAGCAGCUAAUGCAUUAAAUAUGGCACCUGUUAUCUCUGCUCCACCACCACCACCGCAAGCUGCACCACCAAUAGCCACACAAUGUUUCAUGCUAUCAAACAUGUUUGAUCCACAAAAUGAAACAAAUCCAAAUUGGGCAAAAGAAAUACGUGAUGAUGUAAUAGAAGAAUGUAAUAAACAUGGCGGUGUUCUACACGUAUAUGUGGAUCAAGCUUCUCCACAAGGAAAUGUUUAUGUUAAAUGUCCAUCGAUAGCAACGGCAGUUGCUGCAGUCAAUUCAUUACACGGCCGGUGGUUUGCUGGUCGUGUUAUAACUGCUGCUUAUGUACCAGUUGUAAAUUACCACUCUCUCUUCCCAGAUGCUAUGACUGCUAUUCAAUUAUUGGUCCCAACUGCACCUCGGCGGGGAAUAUGAUCUCAAAUGAAUCAGACCACUUAAAAUGUACAUUUUUUGGUAGCAUUACAAUAACUAUGCUGAUAUCCUUCUACUCCUUCUCCUCUUUCUCAUUCUCCUUUUCUCCAUUCUCUUUCCCUUACAAACAAACCCCGCUUAAAAAAAAAAAAGAGAAAAAAAAAUAGAAAAGAACAAAAAAGAAAACGUUUUUUAAUAUUCUUCAGUAUAUUAAAUUAAGUAUCAUUUGUGUGUUUAACCACUUGCACUGGGAAAAAAAAAUUCACCGACGCGUGCCAUGCACGUCGUUUUUGUUCCUGUGAUAAUCUUAUAACUACGUACAUACCCACGUUGUUGGCGAUUCUGUGACAAAAGCAUUACGACGUACGUGGCACGUCUUUCCAGCGCAAGUGGUUAACUGCAUAAUAUUUUUGUGCACAACUAGUUCUCAUAUUUUAAAAAUCUUUAAUAUCUAAGGAUCAUGUAUUUCAUUUAUUAUUAUUUUUAUUUUGUUACUAGCAACCAACAGCUGUGUACAGAAUAAUAGGAUUUAAUAAAAAAAAACUUGUACGUAUUAUUACGUUAAUCUGGAAAUAUAGCAUUUAAAUUUAAAAAUCAA